AUACACACACGACACACACCCUCACAGCGAGGGAAAGAAAGAACAGAGGGAGAGACAAAGGAGGCAAUAGAGGGAGAAAGAGUGGGGGGAGAGAGAGAGAGAGAGGGAGAUAAGGGAGGUGGUACAAAUGAUAAUCGUGUACAGUUUUUGGUUUUUACCCACUAUUGACGAAUCGAUGUUCCCAGCAGCGCCUUUGUAACUUGCACUAAUCUUGCAAAAAUAAAUUAAUUUCUGUCACAGGAGAGUCACAGAGAAACUCGCCAUAUCGCUCUUGAGAAAACAUUUAGACUUUUGAAAGUUAUACUGCACAUCCUUGUCGGUAUGCAAAUGAGGAGACUGAUGCAGUUAAGUAUUAUUAACUGAAAAUAAACAGUUUUAUCGGCUCUCCGCUCUGUCUCCGAUGAGAAAAAAACAUGACAAAUUUGUAUUUCCAGCGGUCGGUUGCAAUGUGUGUGCUCCUCCAUUUGACUUAUGGUUUUGUAUUUGCUGUGCCUUACCAAAUAAAUGUCGUCACUGAGAGCAAUAUAUUGUCGCCAGUAGUCUCAUCUACAGACCCGUUACCGAAUCUUGGCGACCUCCCUUAUACGCCAAUAUUUAACGAAGAUGCAGAUAAGCAAUGGGAAAGUAUGCGAACAUUUCCUCGUGUUUCUUUCGAUGAUGAAUCCGGCACGGCUCGCAUAUCAUGCCGUACUUUUACAAACAUGACACAGAAGCGAAUCUAUGAGGUUUUUCGUCAUUUCUACCUUUACGAUGCUUUUGUGAGAGACGUGCAGACUGGGACACGAGCAAUGUUGCAGUCAUGUUUUUCUCGGGAAGAGGGUCUCCAGCGAGUGACAAAAGCUUUGAUUGACAGGCUCAUAUCUACCGGACAGAUGACAGAAUCAUCAUCAUGCUUGGUGCCCGCUUACUCAUCCCCUCUCCUGCUCAUCCAAGGAGCUUGCCCGCCAGAACUUGGAAUCAAGUGCGACACAGUAUGCGAGUUUGCUUGCAGUGAUAGCAGCUACACAUUGGUGGGGAGUUCUGCAAUAAGAUGCCAGCCAAAUGGAACUCUUUCGGAUAAAUUUCCCCACUGUAAAGCAAAUGAGGAACAUACCACACAGGUCACCACGACAAAGACAACAUCUACUCCACAUCAUGUUGUACACACCACUUUACCAUCCACGACAACAAAUAAACAUUCCUCCCCGAGGAGAUUUACCACAAGAACGGCGCAACCUGAAAAUGGCACAACACCGGGAAGUCGCACAGGUCAUACCACACCAUCGACAACAGGAAUGCCUUCGACGACUGGUUCAUCAACUACCUCCGAAGAUAUUAGUACAACCACACGUUCUCCUACAAAGAAGGACCCAACGUCAAAGGCAGUACCUACCAUGUCUACCAAGGCGGAUAGACCUACAGACGCGAGUUCUUCUACUGUGCCUUCUACAAGUUCUGUUCCUGGCUUGCCCCAUAGAUUCAGUUCGUUGGCAUUCAUUGGUUUAUUGGGAGUUCCUCUACUUCUUCUGCCAGCGAUUUUCGCUAUAUAUAAAUUAGUUUUCAGGCACCGCAGGAAAAAGUAUUUGAUACUUGAUGAAACUUCGGGGAAAGAUGAUUUAGAUGACGUUCCAUUUGAAUGCGAUGGAUACUAUACCGCCCAAAAAAUCAAGCAAGCCAUCCUGACAGAUAUGUCUAUAGAACUGAACCGGAAAAUGUGCUACGCCAUGGACAAACCAGACAAGGGAGUUGCUUUCAUCUUGAACAACUACAUAUUUGAUACCUACAGAGCGAGUGAAAGGAAGGGAUCUCAUAUUGAUUUGGUCAAUGUGAGGCAUGUCUUUAAGGAGAUUGGAUAUGCCCCUGAAGAAGCUCAAAAUCUAACUGCUGAGGAAAUAAGAAUGGAGCUAAAUAGCUUAAAACAGAAAAUCCUGCCCACCCACACCUCAGUCGUCUUGGUCUUCAUGAGCCAUGGGGUUCCAGAGGGCAUUCUUGGUACUGACCAGAAGGUCGUAACCGUCGAGGAAAUCAAGAACAUGUUCUCGGGGAACAACUGUCAAGCCUUGAUCGGAAAACCAAAGAUCAUGUUCUUUCAGGCCUGCAGAGGAGAUAAAGUUACUCCAUGUGCUUCCUCGAAUAACACACCCCUUGAAGCAGGGACCGAGAAGUGCGAUGGCAUCGUGAGCACUGAUGGGUUAACAACAGGUGGAAGAGUUGCACUAGCCAAAGACGAUGGGGAAAGCUCGAAACCAGAUAGGUCCAUGGUCAAACCAUCACCUGAUAACAUCAAAGGAGAUGAGGUGGAUACCGACGGUGGGGUACCAGAUAAUGCCGAUGUCUACAUUGCUCAUGCUACUUCUGAAGGCUAUUUCUCGCUACGUGACAAGCAAAACGGAUCGUGGUUCAUCCAAGCCCUUUGUGAGGAGUUAAUCGCUAGUGCGCAUGCCCAUCAUCUUGAUGACAUCAUGAUGAAGGUAACAGAUAGAGUAAAGCAACACGAAGCUAAUAUUGUGGUAAGAGGAAAACGACGACUCACUCUACAGACCCCGCAGAUUGUCAAACAAGGAAUAGGAAAGAAGAUCUACUUCUUACCAAAAUAUCAACCGGUGCACCGACGAUCCAAGGCCACUGAACUUAAGUCUCAUUUGUGAGCUUGCAAUUUAAGACGGGGUUUCAGGAAUGCCCGGCAUCUGUCAGGAACGGUCAAGGGUCAAAUCAAAUGUUGAAGGAAUCGAUCCUGUCAAUACUACCCAGUACAUAAUCAAGCUAUUUUUUUUUUCUUUUGUUACUUUUUGUGUAACAUGUGUAAUACGCAGUAAAACGCUGAUUACUAUAUGAACUAUAGCUGUUAAAUACUUCAAACAACUGGAGGUUAAACAACUAGGGGAAUCUAAUAGUUCAAGCUAUUAAAUAAGUUUAGUUAUACGAUAUUUCAAACAAGUGAUUAAACAUUCAAACAAAUAUGCUUAAUUUAUUGAAAUUAACUGUUAAAAAAUGAACAGCUGUUGUAAGAAAACAGCAUUAUCAAAAAUGUAAAACAUCUUUUACUGUGUAGAACAACCCUAGAAAAAGAACAAGUCAUGCACUUAUUAAUUCAUGUAGAACUACAAUUGUGAACACACAUUGGCGUCGGAAGCCAAAAAUUUUAGAUGGGACCACCCAAUUUUUUUGACAAGCAAAAAAAAGGUUAUCAACCAAAAAUUUAAGGGAGGGACCACCAAAAUUUUAGGGGGGACGCAGGAAACAAAAUUCACAAG